AUGCAGUCCACCACGCACCCGCCAGAAAACGCAUCACAAGCGUCCACCUCGCGCCUCCUCGCACGCACCUUCGGCCACUCCACGCGUCCACUCUGUCGCCGACGUGGCUAUAUGCAUGUCCUUCGGCGCCGUGUCGCCGCUGAAUAACCGCCCGAUGGCUGCCGCCGGCCGAGCACUCUCCCACGGUCGCUAGUCUCCAAAGGAACGAUCCGGCACAGUCGUUGUCUCGGCCACCUCCACCUCAAAGUCUCCAUCACAUCGGCCAUGCUCGCGCGCAGAAUAUUGACCACCAGGGCAAGCUUGGCCAGCAGCACGCUGACGCCAGGACUCGCCCGCGUGCCGCUCGCGCGUCCACUCGCUCCUCCCCAGCUGUUGCGGACGCUCCACCUCUCCGCGUCGCCCCGUCCACUCGCCACGCCGUCGUCGCCCCGCCAACCUCGCCGAGAUGUUCGAACACCGCCAGCGCGCACCCUCGCCUCUGCUGCUGAGCCCGACACCACGAGCGGCGGCCUGCGCAUCUCGCAUCUCUUCGGAGGUCUCGUCGUCCUCGGCCUCUUCGUGACCAUCUACGGCCUGCUGGAAUGGUACUACUCGCUGCAGCAGUUCCCCGAGCCCAUCCGCACGCCGCUCAAGAAAGCGCUCAAGGCAAAAUACCAGGGCGAGCAUGAGCGCGCCGACGGCUUCUUCCGUGAGGCGAUCGCCGCCGCGCUGUCUGUUCCCCCGUCCGUGCUCAAGCCCAGCCCGCUCAACAAGCUCUCGGGCAUCUACAUCUCGCAGGCGGCCAUGCUGGAAACUGCCGCAGGCAACCCGCUCAAGGCGUACGCUGUCCUCCGGGAGGCAUUUGGCCAGUUCGGCCCUGCGCCGCUCGCGGCCAAGCCACCGCGCGUGACGACCUGGGCUGGGUCCGAGGAGGAGGCAGAGGGAGGCCACUUGCUCACCGAGGAGGAGGUGACCCGCGCUAUUGGCCUCGCGCAGAAGCUCGGCCAGCUCGCGGCGCGCAUGGGCGGCAUGGCGUCGCCGCCACCUCUUCGCCGGACGAACGAGGACGGCACAGUCGCGUGGGGUGCUGACGCGUCCGCGCGCGGCGCCGAGUGGGACGAGGCGGCCGUUGCGUACCUCGAGCCGGCGCUCGCCGCCAUGCUCCGCCUCGGGCUGCAGCGCCAGGCGGACGCCCCGGGCCCCGUGGUUGUUGGGCGCGACGUCAAGCUCCCACACGAUGCCAGCCAGGCUAGCGACCCCGAGGACGCCGGCCGCGUGAACAAGCGCGGGUUGGGCAUCACCAUGGAGACGCUCGCAGAGGUGUACGCCCGCCAGGGCAAGUACGACCUCGCAGGCCACCUGCUCAUCCAGGCGGUCAGCACGCUGCUUCCUCCCGGGGCCGAAAACCCGCCAGUACUCGAUAGGUGUCAGGCGUCCCUCCUCAUGACGACCAUCUCGUCGCAUGCGCUCGAGCCACGUACUGAGAAGGCAGUCAAAGCGUCCCGGUCGUGGUCGCUCCGCGCGCUCCAGAUCAUCGACGGUGCAGCGAAAGACGCAGGAUGGGAGACUGGCUCGGCGCCCGCCGACGCCGCGGCGGCCGUGUGCGCCAACGCGAAGAGCGUAGCGCAGUACAACCUGGGCAUGCUGGCCGAGAUCGAGAAGCAGCCUGCCGACGCAGCGCGCCACUUUGCCGACGCGCUCGCGACCGCCCGCGACGCCGGCUUCCGCGAAGGCAAGCGCGAAGCAGGGGAGGCGCUGCGCCGCGUGCGUGUGGCCCUUGGGGAGCCCGCGAACCCGGAGCCCAAGCUGAGGAAGUUCUAGCUAGACAGUCACCAGCAAGCCAUAAGCCAUAGCAUCACUCAGUACCAAUGCACACAUGACCACG